CCGCAGACACCUCUGAUGGGUGGGAACUGAGCUGAUUGCAUAAUGCGCCUCAACAUCUGACCAGUAACUGUUGACACUUACUGACCCUCUGCCUAUUUGCUGUUUGGAAGUUCGUCCUCAGUGCAGGUCAACAGAGUAAGAACAGCUUCAGUAUCAUGGCUGCCUUCCUCCAUCACUGCCCCUUCCUCAAGUUGGCUCCAAAGCCGGCUUUAAGGAGAACCGGAGCCUCCUUGCUGUCUCUUGCGAAUCACUGCCCCCUCAUCGCUCGUCAGAUCACCGUGAGCGGCCCGGGCUCUCUGGAAGCCAAGCUGAACGUCUCGGCCCCCAAACCCCAGGAUCAACAGCUUCCCACAGCUGAACAAAGGAGGCUCUUUGCUCAAACUGCUACUCAGGUGGCUGUGUCCGUAUCAAAGGGAUGCCCUUUUGUCAGCUCCCAGAUUGGAAUGGUCCGAGCCAGCCCUGAAGUACAGGAGGAUGUUCAAGAAAGUGGUUUGAUGGCUUCUCUGAAAGGUGUAAAGGAUUCUGCGUGCCCAACUUCAGCUCAACCCAACAGUGUUACCCACCUCCUCAAAGACAACAUGGCUGGCCCCAGCUAUGACUAUGAUCAGUUCUUCAUGGAGAAGAUUGCUGUGAAAAAGAAGGACCACACAUACAGAGUCUUCAAGACAGUGAACAGGAGUGCUGAGGUCUUCCCGUUUGCUGAGGAUUACUCCAUUUCUGGGCGGGAAGGCUCCCAGGUGUCCGUCUGGUGCAGCAAUGACUAUCUAGGAAUGAGUCGGCACCCACGGGUCUUCAGCGCCAUCAGAGAUGCUCUGGACAAGCAUGGUGCAGGAGCUGGUGGGACGAGGAACAUUUCAGGCACCAGCAACUUCCAUGUGUCUCUGGAGAAGGAGCUUGCCGAGCUACACCAGAAAGAUGCAGCGUUGGUCUUCUCCUCCUGCUUUGUGGCAAAUGACUCCACCCUCUUCACUCUGGCUAAGAUGCUGCCAGGGUGCGAGAUCUACUCCGAUGCUGGGAACCACGCAUCCAUGAUUCAGGGCAUCAGGAACAGCGGAGCCAAGCGUUUCAUCUUCCGCCACAAUGACAGUCGACACCUGGAGGAACUGCUCCAACGCUCAGACCCUACGACACCAAAAAUAGUGGCGUUUGAGACUGUGCACUCAAUGGACGGUGCCAUAUGUCCUCUGGAAGAGCUGUGCGAUGUAGCCCAUCGUUACGGAGCGCUGACAUUUGUUGAUGAGGUUCAUGCCGUGGGCCUGUACGGAGCCCACGGAGCUGGAGUGGGCGAGAGAGACAACAUUAUGCACAAGAUUGACAUUGUUUCUGGAACCUUAGGUAAAGCCUUUGGCUGUGUGGGAGGCUACAUCGCCAGCAGCGCUGCCCUGGUGGACACAGUGCGCUCCUACGCAGCCGGCUUCAUCUUCACAACGGCCCUUCCCCCGAUGGUCCUGGCCGGAGCGCUGGAGUCUGUGCGGGUCUUGAAGAGUGAAGAGGGGCAGGCGCUCCGCAGAGCCCACCAGAGGAAUGUCAAACACAUGAGGCAGCUGCUCAUGGAUAAAGGCCUACCGGUGGUCAACUGCCCCAGCCACAUCAUCCCCAUUCGGGUGGGCAACGCUGAGCUGAACACCAAGGUGUGUGACAUCCUUCUGGAGAGGCACAACAUCUACGUACAGGCCAUCAACUACCCCACAGUGCCUCGUGGUGAGGAGCUGCUGAGACUGGCUCCAUCUCCUCAUCACAACCCCAAAAUGAUGGAGUACUUUGUGGGGAAACUGGUGGAUGUUUGGCAGGAAGCAGGUCUUCUGCUCAAUGGCCCGGCGACCGCUUCCUGCACCUUCUGUGACCGCCCACUGCACUUUGACCUCAUGAGUGAGUGGGAGAAGUCCUACUUUGGCAAUAUGGAACCACAAUACAUUACUGUGUAUGCAUAAUACCACAGUGAAUGUUUCAUCUCAGCUACAUGAGCAGUAUAUGCAUAAAUCUAAUGCUAUAUACAUCAUACAAUGCAAAAAGUCGUAGUAGAGGCACAGUGAAAACUACUUGUGUUUUGACAUUAUGUUUAAUUAUUCUCCAAUGGCAGCAGUGUGAACUAAAUUUCAGUAUUUAUAAUCACAUGUACUUCUGAGUGCUAAAUUGUGUUUGCCACCAUGGAUAUGAUUAAAGAUUUGUCUUCAUUUGAAAAGCAUAAAA